AUGCUGAAAGCUCCCAAUGGAGUGGUCACGUUGGAUUUUGAUCCUGUGGCCACUGUAUGGUUCUUCUGCAGCAUAGCAAGAAACUUGAUAGAAGAUUCGAAUGUGAUCGCCGCGUUCAAACGGAUGCAUGCGGAAAGAAUUGUUGCCCUAAACCAGUUUAUGGACGUUAGCCUAUUCCAGGCUGGGUUACCUAACCUUGCUGGCUUACCAGGGCUGCAGAGUUUGCCCGGUCUCCAAGGUUUAGCUGGACUUCCUUCGCUGAAUCUAGCGCAGCUAUCUGCUCUUAAUCAGGCGAAUGCAACGCAACCUAACCAAGCUCUGCAGAAUCUUCUAGCGAACAAUUCUUUAGGUUUAUUAUGGGAGAUACUUCAACAGCUCGCGGCAGGCGGUGGAAAUUCAGGUUUGGGUGGUGUUCCCCCACCAUCCACAAUAGGUCUUCUUGGCGCUGCACCAGGACAGCUGCUUGGACCGUUGCCGACGGCGCCAGUUCCAAUGAUGACAGAUGACAGUGAGAGCGACAAAGACGGUCGUAGGAGAGAUCGUAAGCGCAGUCGAUCACGAGAUAGGGGCGACCAUAAAGAAGCGAAGAAGCAGGGUUGUCUGAUUGAGAGUGGCUUCGCGAUGUCAAGAGAUCGGAAACCCGAAAAGGUGGAUCGUGAACGGAGAAAACUGGGACUACCUGCUAUUCAGGCGGGUUUGACCACAAAUUACGUUAUCGAACCAGCGAUAUGUUCAAUACCAUACGGAGCAACUUAUGUCCGAGAGGCCUUGCGAACCACGUUCUGUUCGGAAAGCAAAGUUGGUAGUAGAGCUAGGGGACGAACUGGAAGCUCACGUCUGCAAGCUUCUGACUCGAUGGAUGAUGGGACCGUUAUCCAACUGAGCGUCACUAUUGAUAUGGAGAAAAGUGAAGCAUUGUUUGAUUUUGCUGGCUCCGGAAUGGAAGUGUUGUCUUCAUGUAAUUGCUCCAAAGCUGUCACCAUGUCAACAAUUAUUCAUUGCUACCCGGCAUGCCAACGAAGUGCAGUGAAUGAACUUUACUCCACUCUUGUGAAAUUCAAUUCUGAUUCUAAAAGCGUCGCUGAUAAGCAGUGUAAGAUAGUUUGGGUCGGUAUUGACGAACUCAAGGACGAUGUUUCCACUUCAUCUUUUGACAGGGAAGCCCUCAAUCAGGUGCAACAUCUCACUUGUCCACUGCAUCUUGAGCUGUCGUUCUUUGCCAGUACUUUACGUGGUUGGAAAGUACUGGCAAGAAAGCGACAGCUCAAGAUGCAGUGGACAAGUGAGAUGUUGUACCUAUAG